UGAGAAGAGGAGGAGGUAUAAAAAGGGGAAGACAGAGUAGAAACGAGCGUGUUGGAGGACAGCGUUUCUGUAGCAGAGUGAUGCAUUUUGAUGAUGAAAAGAGCACGCAGGACCAAGACAAGAGGAGAAGUGGAUACGGCGAGGACGCGGCUUGGCUUUGCGUCUGAUCAAUAAAAGACGGAUGUAAUGGCGUGGAAACAAUGCCACUCACUUGAAUUAGCUGACUCCUGAGUCGGCGAGGCAUGGGGAGACGAGCAGCCGACCUGACCACUCCUAUUCCGGUGUUGGGCGUCCCUGCCCUGGUCGGGGUGCGUGGUUGGAAGACAACAGGAGGAGACAGGAGCGGGGGAGUCUUGCUGCAGGCGUGGGGGCUCCAGUGCAACAUUGGCGUUCAGACGUCCCCAGGGAUCAGCAGACCACCCACCUACUUACCUGACACCCUCUCAGAUAAUGUUAUUCAAACGUCUGACGGUGAUAUCAGCAAGGAAACGGAAGAGAUACUGCUGCUAACAAGAAGUGACAAUGAGAAAAGGGCUAUUUUGAAACAGAAAACUGGGGAACCCAAGAUCAAAAAGGAAGUGACAUUCAAAACACUUGGAGGUGACGCCUCACAGGAUGUGGCCUGCCAUCAGAGGAACAGCAGUGGGACUUACUGCUAUGCCAGGGCAAUCAAGACCAAUCAUCUCACCGCAGGGACGGUAACCAGUGGCAGGCCUAAAUUAAAAUCUGCCGCUCGUUACACCAAUGGCAGUGUGGUUGAUUCAGAGGCGAUUGGGGGAAUCAGUGUCGUUAAUGAUGAGGCGGAGGCCGUAAAGGGAGCAACCUCUCAUGGAAGAGGCAUCCCCGAUCAUUAUGCCGAUCGGUCUGGGAAGGUGCUGCCAUUAUCCGCUGCCCGAGCUUUUACCAUGCCACAGAAAAUAUGCAACCACUGUGGCGGGAGACAGUCUAUAACUUCCAGAGCUGCCAUUCUGGGCGAGAGCAGCCACGCACCGGAUGCAUACCUUAAAGAGAAAUAUUCAUAUCCAGCCCUCACCUCACUCUCUACCACCACUCAUUUCCAGGCACCUUGCAUUGAAAAAUACCUUCAAGCUAACCAGCAAAUCUCUCAGAGCUUCUCAAACACUGAAAAACAGACACAUUCAGUCAAUUCACAAAUAUCACGUCUCGACGAAGAGAUAAGAAAAACACCCCACCCUGCAUGCCCUGUGCACUCUAGAGGUAAUUUGACCAUUUUUUCACAAGCACACGUUUCAAUUGACGCAACACCCGUUCAACCUGGAACCAUCGUCCAAGCUAAAACCAUCACCGUUACAAAAGCCACAAUAGAAAGCAGGCAUGCUGAUUCUGGUGAAAACUGUUUUGCUAAAACUCCAGAGUGCAAUGAGAUCCCCCUCCACGCAGGUCUCGCUUUGACUCCUCGAGCGAAAACAGUCGCCAAUCCAAACAAGCCACAUUCAAACAUCUACCCUGAGCUCGUCCCAACGACACACCGCAACUCUAACCAAGAACAUGUGCCUCAAAACGUGUGCGUUUCUGUGCACGCUGCACCCAGGAAAACCCAGAGCCCUCCUUAUUUGUAUACUGCAGCAAUGGAGCUUGGGAGUACGCCCGGUGCGAACAUGAGUAAAACAAUCACAACCUUUACUUCAGAAGUGAUACCUGCUGAGAGCAAAGUCACUCACUUCAACACUGCAGAAGAAACGCUGCAAUUAUUAGACAAAGCACAAGCGGGCAACGCGACGAGCAAAAGCCCAGAAGUGGCCUACAGAGACCAUAAAUUAUCAGUGUCAACCACUGCAUCUGAUCGCAUUUAUAAACCACCAGAACCACCAGCGCAUCUUAUGCUUGAAGGAGAGCAACUCUAG